AUGUCCGAAAAGGGCCCCAGCAAAGAAGACCUCCUCGCCCAACUCGACCUCAUCGAAUCCGAAGAAUACAAGCCCCCCCCCAAAUCCUCCCUCAAAUCCACCCGCCCCGCCCACCCCCGCUCCUCCACUGACAAACCCGCCUCCAACCCCCCCACCGAAGCCGACGACUUCCCCGACUUCCCCGACCUCGCCAAACCCCUCCGCCCCAUCACCCCCCAGCUCGCCCGCACCCGCUCCCCCAAGGUCGCCACCCCGCCGUCCACCGCCGCCCCGUCCGCGCGCACGAGCGAGGAGCGCGGGGCGGUCGGGAGGAAGAGUGCGGAGAGUGGGCGGUCGUUGAGGGCGGUGGGGACGCCGGGGUCGGAGGGAGAGCCGGGGACGGAAGGGGAGAAGGUGGUGACGGAGGGGGAGCAGGGAGGGGGGUGGUGGGGAGGGUUGUUUGCGACAGCGACAGCGGCGGUGAAGACAGCGGAGGCGGCGGUAAGGGAGGUGCAGAGGAGUGAGGAUGCGCAGCGGUGGGUGGGGCAGGUGAGAGGGAAUGUGGGCGUGUUGCGGGGGUUGGGCGGCGAACUCACGUCCCGCGCCCUCCCAACCUUCACCAACAUCCUCCACACCCUCGCCCCUCCUAUCUCCCAACACGAACGACUCCAAAUCCACAUCACCCACGACCUUGUCGGCUACCCCGCCCUCGACCCCAUGAUCUACCAGGUUUUCUCCCGCGUCAUGUCCCAAGUCGAAGGCGGCGACCUCCUCGUCAUCCAGCGCGGCUCCGAAUCUGCCCAUCGCCGCUCCUCCUCCGCCGGCGUCCCCGCCUCCGGCCCCUCCGGCUGGAACGACGGCCCCUGGUGGCGCCAGGCUGACGUUAAGCGGGACAUAGGCGCCGUCAAGGGGCUGGUCGAGGGGACGAAACUGGUGGUUGCCGGAGCCGAGGCGUUCGCGCAUGAGUUCUUCGCGCAGCGCGGCGGGGUCGAGGAGGCGGCGAAGCAGGCCACCGAGGUGCUGAGCGCGUCGAACCCCGUGCGGAGCAGCGAUAUCUUCCUGGCGAUUCAGGCGGUGUCGUAUGCCCAGCCGGGCGACCUGUUCACGCGGUCGGCAAGCGAGGAAGGCCAGGAAACCGGCGGGGUGGAAGAGCCAAAAGAGAGCGAGGAGCUGGUGGUGUUCGCGAUCUAUCUCCACGAUCCGAUCCACAGCAUCAGCUUCCGGUCGCUGAGCCAGGCGGUGCCGUUGAAGUGGAUCGAGUGGUUGGAUGCCGCGGCGCCGGAGGAUGGGACGCCGCCCGAAGAGAUUUGGGAGAUCAUGGAGAGCGGGGGGCUGGAUCCGCGGGAGUGGGUUGCCGAGUGGGUGGAGGAGGUGAUUAGUCUUGCGGUCGGCGUCGUGGCGCAGCGGUAUGUUGCAAGGCGGAUGGGGGUCGGUGAGGGUGGGUUGGGUCGAGGGAAGGCGAGGCAGGCGGCAGUUGAGUCUGGUGCUGGGGAGCUGGCUCGCGCGUUGUAGUGCGGUUGCGUCUCUUGCCCUGACUUUAUGAACGUCCGAAUCUGUAUGGUUGUCGUUGGAGUUUCUCGUGGGUAUCGAAUCCGGCGGCCCUCGGUUGGAUUGACGUCUUUCCCGAGUCUGUGAAAGAAGUCCUCAUGGCGUUCGACAUCGUGUAAUAGCGUCACUUCAGAAUAUCAAAACAUCGACAAACGCCCCUCGCACCCAUCCCGUCAUUACUCGUCUGGAAAUUCCACCCCGCCUCCCUCACUUCUUCUCCGCUGUCAAUGGACCCUUCUUCUCCCCCUU